AUGUCGGCCUUUCACGGGAUACUGCUGAUUUGGGUCACACUACCGAAACGGAUUCUUGGAGAAUGUUUCAAUCAGGAUGGGUUUUUCCCAGGUAAAAAGACUGCCAUUUUUGAGAUAAUGUUUGAUAUAUCCUUUUCGGCGUGUGGCGAGAAGUGUGCAAGGAACGGCGACUGUACAUUCUUGAACUACAACAAAGAGAUGCUUGCGUGUGAGUUGACCUCAUCCAACUCGACAACGGUGGACUCUGAAGGAUGGAUCACAGGAAGCAACUUGGCAUUUGUUCAGGAUCGACUCGGAUCAUGUGCCGAUGUUAUAAUUCCACGUUCCCACGUUUGUGUUUCAUUGUCAAGUGGUGCACAUGUCCUGGUCGUCAACUACUACCUUCGUCUUGCUGGCAAUCCAGACCCUUCCACGGGUAGAGUAGAAAUUUACUACGGCGGUAGGUGGGGGCCAUUGUGUCACGAUCGCAAACCCUGGACGGUAACAGAGGCUCUUGUAGUCUGCAAGUAUCUUGGUUAUACGAACGCGAUUGAGAUCGGUUACAGCGGCCAAUACUACCCAAAGACUAUAUUGCCAUCAGUGCUGACUGGCAUACAUUGUCAAGGAUAUGAAGAAAUGCUCACGGAGUGUGCACACGAAUUCGCGUUUUGCGAUCCAAGAAUCAAUACUGGAGUAAUUUGUUCAUGA